AUGUACCCGAGCAGAAGUUCUUCUUCAUCUUCAGCAGUAGACCUGACUGGUACACCCACUGGAUUGAGGACCUCUGUACCGCCUUCACCUUCCCUCACACCUUCGGAUUCUCAAGACCUUGCAAGCUCUUCCUUUUCUCGACGGCGCACGAGCUGGGGACGAGCAGAAGUGGGCAGCAACUUGGCACUUGGGCAGGACCCGUUACAGCUGGAUACCUCGCACCCUCCUCCAUUAACGCGACCCUCGUUCACCGACGACGACCCGUUCUCAGACUCGCCCACGGAUGAAGCGUUAGAGUUUUUUGCAAGGCGGCCGCGCGACAUGAGCCACGACGACAGCAGCAAUCAUGCAUAUACGACCUCCCAAGCCGCCCCCUCCACUGCAUCGCUCAUUACACUCGACAUGGACAAUCAUGAUAGGAGAGGCAGUGUAGGCAGUACAGGCGGUCUGGUCGAUCCCGAGCUCAGCGCCAGCUCCCGGAGGCAACAUAGACUAUCGACGCGGUACACUCCAUCGCCGUCGCCGCUAAAAGGUGCGGGCUCGGCGUUGCAGGCGAUGAAGAAGAGCAUGAGGCGGGUUAGCUUGAGGGUCGUGAAUUUCGGUGGUGCGGGAUUGGGAGACCAUGCGCGGAUCAGGCUUACUGACGAGGAUGAAAAGGAUGGUGGGGAGACGGACGCGCGGGAGAUCGAGGAGGAGAGCGAUGAGGGGCUGUCGACGCUCCCGUUGCGAGGGCGCACGCUCGGCGUCAUGGGGCCGGAUAACCCGCUGAGGCGGGCAUUCUACCGACUUCUGGUGUAUCCAUGGACCGAGCCCACGAUUCUUCUGCUAAUCAUCAUCAAUGCUGUUGUACUAACAAUCCAAGCCGCUGAUUCUCUGACCCUCGACGACCCCGACGCGCCUCCCCAGCCAGUGAAGGGCUACUUCAAGAGCUGGGAGGAUUACGCGCUUUUCGUCCUCUUUGCUUUGUAUACCCUGGAGGCUUUUGCGCGAAUAUGUGUAUCUGGUCUUCUGUUCGAUCCCGAAAUCCCUUCUGUACCCUCCGACAUCGACUUAACAUCGACAUCGACCUAUCCUCCCCCAGCGUAUCCCCUUCCGCCAGUCGCAGAAAAAAUGUUGUCUACCGCCGACGGUGCGCAAAAGAACAUGCGCGACACUGGCUUUCUGGGCAACGUGCUUAGAUCAGAUCGUCCACGACCCGAGACUCUAUCGCUCCCUUUCAAGCUGAGCAUCCAGCACGCAAGAGGCAAGACGGACCGCAACAUCCCGUAUUUGAGACAUAGUUGGAGUAGGAUUGAUGCGGUGGCCAUAGUCAGCUUUUGGAUAAGCUUUUGGUUGGCAACGGGAGGGGCUGAAAGAGGGGCCGGGAACCACAUUGAGGUCUUCAGGGCUAUGAGCGUUAUCAGGACAGCGAGGUUGUUGACGAUUACUUCGGGUACUACGACCAUUAUGCACUCGUUGAAAACCGCCAGACCUCUUCUAGCGAGUGUCGCGUACUUUGUUCUCUUCGCGAUGGUUUUAUUUUCGAUUAUAGGGAUACAGUCCUUCAAAGGUUCUUUGCGGCGUACUUGUUUCGUUCAGGCUACUGAUACUCCAAGCACCCUGGGUGUAAUCAUUGCGGAGGAGAUUCAGCUGGAGGGUCGGUUCUGUGGGGCUUUCAUUGAUCCAACCACAUUGGAGAGAGUGCCAUAUCUCCUGCUGAAUGGGGAGAACGCCCCCGCGCCUAAAGGUUAUACAUGUCCCUUGGGGCAAGUAUGUAAGGAGGAUCAAAACCCGGAGAGUGGCGUGCAAGGCUUCGACACGAUAUACAUGGCCGCUUUGCAAGUUCUCAUCGUAGCUUCGGCCAAUGGGUGGUCGCCCUUGAUGUACGCCAUGGCUGAUUCCGAGUUCUUCAUCUCGUGCUUUUUCUUCAUCGUCUGCAUCAUCGUCCUCAACUUCUGGCUGAUCAAUUUGUUUGUCGCCGUGAUCACGAAUACCUUCUCAGCCAUAAGGAAGGAGACAAGCAAGAGCGCUUUUGGUGCCGCUCCGUAUGUUUCUUUCUCCAACUUUUAUGAAGGAUGGUCGGACAACGGUGGACGACGACCGCCAAAGAAGAACCCCGCCAAGGUUAUCUACGAUUACAUUCAACACACCUGGACCCUCCUCGCCCUAGUCUCGCUCGUUAUCCAAGGCACUCGCACAGUCGACGUCUCGGCGACUCAUACUAUGAUCAUUGAUUACGCCGAACUGGUCAUCACCAUCGCAUUCGAUGUCGAAAUCGUGCUGAGACUGCUGGCCAGCCUGCCAGAUUGGAGGAGGUUCUUCACAAACGGACGCAACUUGUUGGAUCUGACGCUGGCCAUCGCGUCAAGUAUCAUACAAAUCCCGGUGAUCCACGACUCUGAUGUCUACCCCUGGUUUACGAUAUUUCAACUCGCCAGGUUUUAUCGAGUCAUCUUGAUUUUUCCGCGGAUGAAGCCGCUGCUUCUGGCCGUUUUCGGCAACAUGUACGGUCUCGGAAACAUGACUCUCUUUCUGCUCAUGGUCAACUAUCUGGCGGCGCUCGUUGCCGUCCAAUUGCUGCGAGGAGAUUACAGUGCAGACGAAGCUAUCAAUUUCGGAGAGAUCUACAAUGCGUUCCUUGGUGUGUACCAAGUAUUCUCGUCGGAGGAUUGGCAGAGUAUCCUAUACGGAGCAACGAGUGUUGAAGGUGGGCUGGGACAGACUGUCAUCGUCGCCAUAUUCUUUGCGGGUUGGCUGUUGUUCUCGAAUUUCAUCAUGCUGCAAAUGUUCAUUGCCGUGAUCAACGAGAAUUUCGACGUUGCCGAGGAAGCCAAGAGGGGGAAGCAAGCGUCUAAUUACUGGGCGAACCAUCACUCUACUCAGGAUGCCGGUGUGGCUUGGAUCCACAAGUUCAAUCCAUAUCGCCUCUUCAAGGCUAACCCCGUGAAGGUGAAAGUAGAGAACUUGCCGUCGAAUCUCGUUCUGCCUAUGCAGAAGGCGUUGGUACAAGACUACAGCUUACCGAAAACAGAAGGCUCUAAUUUGGGAUCCCUACACGGAGCCCGCCACUACACUUCGAAGUCCCUCUCAGCCCUUCAGCGACUAUUCGCUGGCGACGUGAGGUCUAACGAUGUCCCCCUCACUACAUUUCGGCAUGACCGUGCUGGAACCCUCGCCAGCGUCGACCCACAAGAUGACGAAAUCGAACGACACCUGGAGCUCCUUGCCGCUGUAAAUCAAGAGACAACCGCUGAGCAGCUUCAUGAUGCUAAGGAAGAAGUUCUGAUGCAGAAGGCGGACUUCAUACGUGACCAUCCAUCAUUUGACAAACCUUUCUGGAUCUUCUCGCAGAAGAACCUACUCCGUCGCGGCUGCCAGAAACUAGUUCAGCCCGCUGGUGGGAAACGAAUCUUUGGAUCGCCUCCUUCCGCUGUUGCGUAUCCGGUGUUCCAGACCCUGCUUCUUUGCGCCGUUAUCGGUGGAAUCGUCGUUGAAAGCAUCGCUACUCCCCUCUACCGACGCCAGUUUUAUGUCGAGAACGGCUUGAAACGGGGUGCUUGGUUUGACCUCGCCGAGGCUGCUUUCGGGUUUACCUUGUUCGUGGAGUUCGUUAUCAAAGUCAUCGCCGACGGCUUUUUGUUCACUCCCAACGCAUACAUCCGAAGCAUCUGGAACAUCUUGGACUUCACCAUUAUGAUAGGGUUGCUCGUCAACGUGACCACGACGCUCAUCUUCAUCGGUGGCCUCAGUCGAUUCACUCGGUCGCUGAAGGCUCUGCGGGCAUUGCGCUUGAUAACGCUCUUCGAGAUCAGUCGAGACACGUUUCAGUCGUUGAUCCUGUCUGGGGCCAGUCGUAUCAUGGACGCGGCCAUCCUCGCUAUCCUCUACAUGAUCCCAUAUGCAGUGUGGGGACUGAAUAUAUUCGCCGGGCAGAUGAACAUGUGUAACGACGGAGACGCUACGGGGAUUUCCGACUGCAUUGGCGAAUUCACAAAUAAUGCCCUUGAUGAUAACUCUCUUGGAUUCCCGGUACCCAGAGUCUGGGACAAUCCUUCGCCCUCUACGACGUUCUCUUUCGAUACCUUUAGUUCGUCGCUUCUCAUCCUGUUUGAGGUUGUCUCUCUGGAAGGAUGGAUAGACGUCAUGGUUACCGCGAUGGGUGUGACGGGUCGGGGCCAACAGCCGCAGACGAACGCCUCACAGAUCAACGCCAUAUUCUUCUUGAUCUACAACCUACUCGGCGGCGUUGUCAUUCUGACGUUGUUCGUUAGUAUCAUCAUCGGCAACUUCAGCUCCAAGACCGGCGCUGCCUUUCUGACCAAACCCCAAAGAGAAUGGAUAGAUCUCAAGAAACUUUUGACGCGGCAGAAACCCUCAAAGAGACCUCGUACUCGUCCUACUUGGUCUUUUCGUGCGUGGUGCUACGAUCGUGCCGUUCAGAAGCAUGGGUGGUGGUCAAGAUCUAUGACAGUUCUCUUCUUCCUUCACAUUGUGGUUUUGAUUCGACACAUUCCAAGGCCCGUCAAAUGCGUCCUCUUUCCCCUUUCUCUGUCUGACUCCUUUGUAGAUAUGUUCGCCCUUGCGGUCACCUUCAUCUACGUCAUAGACACCGUAGUUCGUUGCUUCGGACUUGGUUGGCGCAGCUUCCGUGCGAACGGCUGGAAUCUCUUCGACAUCGUCGUUGCAUGGGGCUGUUUUACUACUACUCUCAUAGUCCGAUUCCAGCCCGAUACGGCCAGUUUCGCCGUUCAACAGCUCGACAAGCUCUUCCUCGUCAGCAUCGCAUUCAAAUUGGUACAACGAAGUGAUAGUCUCAACAAACUCUUCAAAACUGCUAUGGCAAGUCUGCGGGUCAUCCUGAGUUUGCUGGGAUUGUGGUUCAUAUUAUUCCUCUUCUUCGCCAUUCUGUUCCUGGAAGUCUUCAGUCUCACCAAGUGGAAUUCUUCGGAGGAUCGGAACCAGAACUUCUCGUCUAUGGGGGGCGCUCUCGUUAUGCUCGCUUUCAUGAGCACUGGUGAGGCUUGGAACCAAUACAUGCAUGACUACUCUCUUGUCUAUCCUCGCUGUACAAUCGCUGCUGAAGAGGACGAUUGUGGUAGCCAAGGGUGGGCAUUCAGUUUGUUCAUUGCUUGGAACCUGUUGAGCAUGUACAUCUUCCUCAACCUGUUCACUGGUGUUGUUGUGGAGAGUUUCUCGUAUGUGUACCAAACCUCUAAAGGGGGCGCCAAGUCGGUCACGCGUCAGGAAAUGCGAGCCUUCAAGAAAGUUUGGGCGGAAUUCGCAAAUGAGAAAACGGGCUAUCUGGAGCGAAACCGCUUCGUUCCUUUCUUCGCCAAACUACGUGGUGUGUUUGAGGUCAAGAUAUAUCCUGAGGAAUACAACAUUCGGAACAUCGUCGCUGCAUGUCGCGAGAGCCCGGAUGGCACCGUCUGGCCUCCCCGUGUAUGUGACGGGAUCGAUCUCCAUAAGUUGGAAGGGCUGCUCAAUACGAUCGACUACGGUGCAAUCAGACGACGUCGAGCUAUCUACUGUCGCUUAUACCACGAGACCACGAUUUCCCAUCAUCAAGGCCGAGGUAUCUCGUUCACGGAGAUGCUGCUGCUCUUGGCGCAUCAUAAGCUGAUCGUGGAUCGCGACGCCCUUGUUCUCAAGGAUCUCGUCGUCCGCACAGAGACCAACAAGCUCGUGUCUGAUCUUGUUAACCUCGACCGCGUGCGAUCAUUACUACGCUCAAUCACCGCCCGCCGCCGUUUCUUGGCAUACCGGGCGCAACAGCAAGCGAAGAGGAUGGAAAACCAAGAGAUACCCUCGAUUGUUGUGGACGGUUUGCCUGAGACGCCGCCAACAUCGACAAGAGAUAUAUCCAGUGCGGGAUACGAUAGUCCUUCCCCUUCCGGGACACCCUGGCAAUCUACGCCUCCUCCUCACCAUCGCAGUUCAUCAGCUGGACUUGACUUCUCGCUUGCUCUCGAUACUAGUCCUGGCGCAGGCUUACAGCGCAGUAGUCGUCGGAUCAGUGAUAUCAGCCUUCUUUCGACCAUGGAUGUAACACUGAAAUCACGUGACUCUUCUCCAGCUAGCGACGGGGUGUUCUCAACUAUGCAAAAUGCCAUGUGGGGCGAUAUGAUGCUGGAGGCAGAGGAGGAGGAACAGAAACUGUAG